AUGUCGCAACCACCGUCCCCAUUCCCCCCACAAUCGCAGUUCUACUCAUCCCAAACGAUGAACCCCGUCCACUCCGAGACACCUCCACCACCACCCCCAAAACCCAACAGCCAUGAAGCCAGUCGACACGGCACCCCGCAAAACACCACUGCACACUGGCAGCCAGAUGACCAGACAGGCACACAUCAAGCAUACCCCAACAAUCCGCAACAGCCAUAUAUCCCAGACCCCCCAACCAUUGAGGAAGGCUGGCUCCCAGACCUAGUAUCCGACAAAUCAACAACCGACCUCCAAACAAUCCUCAAAGACCCAGCCCUGAUAUCCGCCCUCUCAAGCCAACACCCCUCCUACACAGUCAGGCAACAACACCUCGAGACCCUCAUUAAAUCAAACAAAGACCUCGCAACCCGCCUCCUAGAGAUGCAGAACCACCUCGCUGAAGUCCGCGCCUCUACUGAAACAAUGCUGAUAACACACCAGUCGCUGGAAGUAUCAUGGCGCAAAAAGCAAGCGGAGAUGGACGCCGCCCUAGCCCCGUGGUCGCCGAAGGCGCUCUACCAGCGCUUCAGCGCAGCAAUUACAGAGCAGGAGGCAGUCUGUCACGCUGUUGAGGAGAGUUUCCUCGACGAAGAUCACCACGGGCGGGCGACAGAAAAGGAGAUUGCAGAUUGGGUGCGACGCGUACGGGCCGAAGCAUCUAAAUUAGCUGCCCGGAAAGAGGCCAAGGCACGAUGGGAUGAAGGACGUGUUGGGGGAUGGCGAUGA